AUAUAAAUAACGUGGUGAGGCGGCGUAAACAAGAUCAUGUAAAACUUAACUAAAAUGGCUUUGCUGCCCGAUCUAGAUGUUCGAACUGUUUUGAAUGUUGUGGAAGAAAAUUUUGAAAGACAAAAUUUGAAAACCUAUGCAAUUCGCAUGAUUUAUACAGGUGAACAUACUUUGACUAAAGAGGAGAUCAUACAACAAUUUCAGCAGACAAUUCAUGAUGUGAAUGCUAGUUACUGUGAAAUAAACGUUCAUGGAUUAUUACUCGUCUAUGAUAGUUACUUUGUUCAUAUCGUUGAGGGCUCCGAAGACACAGUGUAUAGACAUUUAAGGUUCCUAUUUCAUCGUGAAUUGUCGUGGAUAGAGUAUAUGAAAAAGCAAGAUGAGGAAGCGGCCAACACUGAUGAUGAAGAAGAAGGUAUAAAGCUGCUUGAAGAACCAGAAGAAAAAAUUGAGAGGAAAAUGUUUAAGCGUUUAAAGAUGUUGGUGACAUACCAUUCAAUAACGACGCGUUUCUUCGACGGUUGGCGCGCAGUGACGGCCCGACCGCCAACUCUGGUCGGAAAGUUGGAUGUCUACGGUCCAUUGUCUGAGCAUGUGGAACAAUUGCGCAUCUGUCUUGACAAGAUAAGCAAGUUCUGUUCGCUUGCACAAGCUGAUGAAGAGUUGUCAUUUACUGGUUUGAGUGCAAAUGACCCAAAAAUGGAAGCGUUACCUGAAGUGACUUUAUUGGAUUAUCUGCUGCAAUCACAAUACAUACUGGAUCUUCGUAACGUGGUGCAUUUACAUCGGCGCGUCGAUGACUAUGCGUUCUAUUUUGAGAAAGUGUGGCCGCUUCCAUCACAUUUUACACCACGUCUCCUUUACAAGUUGAAAAUUGAUGAUUCUUUCGUCGAGCCAUUACCAGUCAUGCCGUGGGAAUUAGUGAAAAAAGAAGUAGCAGAAGAUGAGGAAAGAGAAGAACAGAGUGGCAGUUCUUCUAGUGACUGAGGCUUUUCGUUGUUUAUAUAGUUCAUAAUUUAGUGUGUACAGUAAAAGCUAUGAAAUUAGGUGCCUACGUUAUUUCUAUCAAUGUGUCGUUGAACUUUCAAUCAUGUAAUAAAAAAGUUUAUACUAAUAAACGAUGUUCUUUAUUAAA